AUUGAAAAAUGCAAGGGCAAAGAGUAAAAAGAGAAAGAAAAGUUGCAUAACUGAAGAGAAAACCCAACCAUAAAAGAGGAAGAUCAUGCAAACUCACACUUAAAAAGCUUGUUCCUUUGUCCCUCAAUCAGUCCACACUGUCCACCCUUCAUCACUCUCAUGCCAUUCUCCUCCUUCUCCACCACCCUUUCAUGGAUUCCUCUUUCCUCACCAACCUUCUCCUCUUCAACAACAUCAUUCAACCAGAGUUGAUGAGAAGCGUGCAUGUCUACCGCCAAUGCGGUGACGACGGGGAAGAAGAAACCGAAGUUGAAAGGGAGUUUUUGUUUUCAAAGUACAGUUACUAUGUGGAAAUGCAGGCUUCCCCAAUUCUUCAAUUGCAGAAAUCUUGUGUUUCUGGAAUUCGUGAAGGGUAUAGGAAUGGAGUGUGGGAUUGUAUUUUUGCGUUUCAUGCUGGUCAUAGUCCUCAAUUUUCCCGCAUUCCUCCACUUUUGUUGGUCACCAGAAACCCAAAGCUUCAUUGUAUUCCAAACUUGCUCAAUGAUCUCCAUAUAAUAUACAAGUUGGACGUGAAGGAGGAAGACAUAGAUGUAACACAGGAAGAAUCAUUAGGAAACAACAAUGACUGCCUGCCAUCAGAAAUUGCCUUGCCUAAGCGUGAUCUAGAUCUCAAUUGUCUUCCUUAUGAAGAAGACGAGUCCGAGUUACAAGAUAAUGAGAUAGAAGUUGAAAGCUUAACAGGUUUGGUAGGAAAGAAAAAGAGGGCACCCAGUAAUCAUAUCGCAAACAUUGCUUAUUCAGAUUUGGUCAAGUACUUUGAUAUGCCAAUUGUAGAAGCAUCAAGAAGACUAAAUGUUGGGCUUACUGUUCUCAAGAAAAAGUGCCGAGAGUUCGGCAUUCCCCGCUGGCCUCAUAGAAAAAUCAAAUCACUUGACAGUCUCAUCCAUGAUCUUCAGGAAAUGGCAAAACACCAAGAGUUGGAGGACAAGGCUGCAGCCAUGGCGGUGAUGAAGAGACAAAAGAUGUUGGAGAGUGAAAAGGAAAACAUAGAGAAGCAGCCUUUCAUAGAGAUACAAAGCGAGACCAAGAAAUUCAGGCAGGAUAUUUUCAAAAGAAGGUACAGAGCUAGAGCUAUUGAAAAACAGAAUUCUACAGUAUCCAGCAGUUAGUACCCUUUAAAAGAGUCAAAGAGAAACAACAAUAGUUUUACAAGUUUUAUAUUGUCACUUGAAACUAUAGAGCUCCGUUUCUAAUUGGUCAUCCUGGCCUCUAUAAUUAUAUUUUGACAUGAGCUUGGAUUGCAAUAUCUAAAGCCAACCCAUAGUAUCUUCUAGAGCUCAAUUUUCUUCUCUACUUUGUCUUUUAAUUUUUUCCCUUGGUCGUUGCUUAUACUUUUAUAUAUUGAUCCAACGUGAAUCAUUUCUAAUUAGAAA